GGCAGCGAGCGGCCCGGCUCCGCUCUGACAGCUCGGCGUCAGCGUCAAGCGGAUCAGAGGGAGGGAGGUCGGCGGAGCCUCCAGCUGUGAGCCGGCCUCCUCCGGGAGCCGCCUCCCGAGCCUCCGAGCAGAUGCGCCGGCCCGGCGCCGGCUGAGCCCUCCCGGCCAUGCGAGCGCGCUGCCCCCCUCCCGCCCGGGGGCUCUGAGGCCCGAGGAAAGCGCCGCGAGGAGCGGGAGCCCCCCCCCCCAGAGGGGCCUCUGCCGCGGGCAUGGGGGCCAGCCCCUAGGGCGUGAGGGGGAGGGGCAGAGAGGAAGCACCCCCGCGAGGCCCCCACCAUGCUGCCCUAGGGCGGCCCGGGACCGGGAGAAGCUGCCAGGGCCUCAGUGAGCGGGGGCUCUGAGCCCCCCACCCACCUGUGUCCCCGGAGACCCCAGCCAGCCUGUGGGAAGCCACACGUGCAAACGCCCGGAGCAACCGUGAGCCUCCAGGGGCCUGAGCCCGGACCCUCCCACCGAGCUCCCCCAGAGAGAAGGUGUCGAGGCCGUGAGCUGGGUGGCGCCCCGCUCCCCCCCCGCCCGCGAGCCAUGGUGACGGCCCACUCCGGCGCCACGGCCGCCACGACCGCCACGGCCACCGUCACCACCACGGUGGUCAUGACCACGGCCACCGUGGACCUGCGGGACUGGCUGUUCCUCUGCUACGGGCUGAUCGCCUUCCUGACGGAGGUCAUCGACAGCACCACCUGCCCCUCGGUCUGCCGCUGCGACAACGGCUUCAUCUACUGCAAUGACCGGGGGCUGACGUCGAUCCCGGCCGACAUCCCGGACGACGCCACCACCCUCUACCUGCAGAACAAUCAGAUCAACAACGCCGGCAUCCCCCAGGACCUGAAGAGCAAGGUCAACGUGCAGGUGAUCUACCUGUACGAGAACGACCUGGACGAGUUCCCCGUGAACCUGCCGCACUCCCUGCGCGAGCUGCACCUGCAGGACAACAACGUGCGCGCCAUCGCCAGGGACUCGCUGGCCCGCAUCCCCCUGCUGGAGAAGCUGCACCUGGACGACAACUCCGUGUCCACGGUCAGCAUCGAGGACGACGCCUUCGCCGACAGCAAGCAGCUGAAGCUGCUCUUCCUGUCGCGCAACCACCUGAGCAGCAUCCCGUCGGGCCUGCCCCGGACGCUGGAGGAGCUGCGCCUGGACGACAACCGCAUCUCCACCAUCCCGCUGCACGCCUUCAAGGGCCUCAGCAGCCUGCGGCGCCUGGUGCUGGACGGCAACCUGCUGGCCAACCAGCGGAUCGCCGACGACACCUUCAGCCGGCUGCAGAACCUCACGGAGCUGUCCCUGGUGCGCAACUCGCUGGCCGCGCCGCCCCUCAACCUGCCCAGCGCCCACCUGCAGAAGCUCUACCUGCAGGACAACGCCAUCAGCCACAUCCCCUACAACACGCUGGCCAAGAUGCGCGAGCUCGAGCGGCUGGACCUCUCCAACAACAACCUGACCUCCCUGCCGCGCGGCCUCUUCGACGACCUGGACAACCUGAGCCAGCUCCUGCUCCGGAACAACCCUUGGUUCUGCGGCUGCGGCCUCAUGUGGCUCAGGGACUGGGUGAAGGCCCGGGCCUCCGUGGUCAACGUGCGCGGGCUCAUGUGCCAGGGCCCCGAGAAGGUCCGCGGGAUGGCCAUCAAGGACAUCACCAGCGAGAUGGACGAGUGCUUCGAGACGGGCUCUCAGGGCAACGCCAACGCCAACGCCGCCGCCAAGACCACGGCCAGCAACCAGGCCGCCUCCACGACCCCCCAGGGCUCCCUCUUUACCCUCAGAUCCAAGAGGCCGGGGAUCCGGCUCCCGGACUCCAACAUCGACUACCCCAUGGCCACGGGCGACGGCACGAAGGCCCUGGUGAUCCACGUGAAGCCGCUGACCGCAGACAGCAUCCGGAUCACCUGGAAGGCCACGCUGCCGGCCACGUCCUUCCGCCUCAGCUGGCUGCGCCUGGGCCACAGCCCCGCGGUGGGCUCCAUCACGGAGACCCUGGUGCAGGGGGACAAGACGGAAUACCUCCUGACGGCCCUGGAGCCCAAGUCCACCUACAUCAUCUGCAUGGUCACCAUGGAGACCGGCAACACGUACGUGGCGGACGAGACGCCGGUGUGCGCCAAGGCGGAGACGGCCGACGGCUACGGGCCCACCACCGCCCUCAACCGGGAGCAGAACGCGGACUCCAUGGCCGGCCUGCCCCUGGCCGGCAUCAUCGGGGGCGCCGUCGCCCUCGUCUUCCUCUUCCUGGUCCUGGGGGCCGUCUGCUGGCACGUGCACCGGGCGGGGGAGCUGCUGAGCCGAGAGAGGGCCUACAACCGCGGCAGCCGCAAGAAGGACGACUACGUGGAGUCGGGCACGAAGAAGGACAACUCGAUCCUGGAGAUCCGGGGGCCCGGGCUCCAGAUGCUGCCCAUCAACCCGCACCGGGCCAAGGAGGAGUACGUGAUCCACACCAUCUUCCCCUCCAACGGCACCAGCCUCUACAAGAGCACGCACACCAUCGGCUACGGCACCACCCGCGGCUACAGAGACGCUGGCAUCCCAGACAUAGAUUACUCCUACACAUGAUGGCGCCCCGUCCGCCCGCCCCGGAGCCCCCGGCCUCGCCCCCUCCUGCCCCCGGCUCUGCGCCCGCCGCUUCUCGUCACCUCCGCC